UGGCAAUAUCCGAAAUCCUUCCAGAAUGUCAUGUCUUUCUUGUCCUUGUAAGGACAUUUUUUGGUCCCCACGACGAAAACCGCUCGUGUGUGUCAUGCCUGUUGUCUUGUGACCGUUAAAUGUUGCAAUAAUGCUUGUAGGCCUAAGUUACAUGCUGUAUUAUUCAGAAUAGGUCUAUAUGCUAACAAUUGUCGUUUUCAUUUUCUAAUUCAAGAGACUUUUUGUAAACAAUGUAAACAAAUUGGUGGUAGGCCUACUUUUGGAGUGAUUUUUUGGAAUAAAAUAUUUAUCUUAACAUGUAGGGCGAUCAUCAUUCGAUCUGCGUUCUUAAAAAUGUCAAAAGUGUGAUUAGAUAAUCAGUAAAGUCAGAUAUAACCAAUUUGAAGUGAUAGCAUCUAUUGCUUAGGUAACCACUGAUUGAUUUUUCAAUGGCUUUGGCAGAAUUACUUUCCCUUUCACUUUAUGUAACAACCAGUCACCACUCCUGGUUAAAACUCUAUCGAGAGUUUUUCCACAAACAAAGCUAAGGGAAAGAAAAGGGAAAAGGCAGACAGAUUAUUCAACUUCUUAUUUAGUAUAAAAAGUGCAUAUUCAUGACAUGUCAGAUGUAAACAUGUUUCUUGGAAGACAGUGGUGAGGAAAGUCCCUCCACCCUCCCUUUUUCACCUGACCUCAGCUCUGUCACUGCAACAAAACGCUGGUUAUUUUUCUCUCCUGAAAUCAUCAUUGUGACUACUGUUAAAUAUAUAUAUAAAAAAUCUCAUUACUAAUCCCUGACAUUCCCUUUAUUAUAUCACUAAAUUUUUUUUUUUUUCCUGGAUUGCUGUUGUGUGCAUUGUGCAUGAAAAUUUUCAAUAAAAUUGGUCAACCAGUAUAUCUAUAGGCUUCACCGCAUAUGAAAAAGAUAUGAUAGAAUAAAAAUUAGAGAGCACUGACUGAGUGUUGCAACAGCUUUAAGAUUGAAAACGGGUUUCAAAGUACAAGUUCUUGAAAACGAUACCAUAUUGUCUUUGGUUAAACCACAAAAAAAGGUGAAUUUGUGAAAAAGGUGAUGUUAUGCGUUAUGUUAUGUGUUCAGUCUAAAGACAAGUAAUUUUUCUUUAGGAAGUGACAUCAACUACUGGCUAACAAUAUGCAUAAUUCAGCGGUUUUAGUCGUUUUCGUUGAUCGGUGUGAACGGGGACCGAUUUGAUGAUGUCUGCACACGAAAAACGUAAAGAAAAAUCUUUUCCCUUUUUAAUUUUUAAUUUUUGCAUUUGCCCCAGCUAAGGAUCCUAGACCUUUCCGGAAAUCCAUAUCCCUACUAUGGGCUUCCACACUCAUUUGGUAACUUAAAUUAUCUUACCAUCUCUUUCACUCUAUCGUGAAAUGGUAUUAAGCAUUACUCAGAGUUGUGUUGUGCAUUAGCUGUACUUUUUUUUUUUAACUUCCAGUAUUAGCUUCUUGUGUAAUACAGUUAAACACCUAACAGUAUGCCAUUAAAUAUGACAUUUUCCUUCAUUUUUGAAAGCAUGUGAUUAUUGCAUUCUUUUACCCAAAUGAAGUUUUUUCUCAUUUAGGGGAAGUUCAGUGUUAUGCAUUUAGAGAAGUUCUGAUAAAAAUGCCAUUCUGUAUUUGUAUGUGGUUAAUACCAUUGCAAGAGUGUCUUCAUAUAAAGCCAUAUAAUAGUGCGCACAGCAGAGAUCAAGCUGCAAAUGGACAGGAGGAAAAUCAUAAAAUUCUUUAUUGACUAAUUUUCACGUUUCAUAUCAAAGGAUGUCUUCCACCGUCUGGCCAGUUGUUAUCUCAUAUCUCUUAGUUAUUCCAUUUAAAGCACAUGGUGAACAUUUCGGAUAUUGUUCCAGUGAACACACAAAAGAUCUUUCCGAUAAUAAUCUAACAAGGAUACCAUUACAUUUAUCAAACAACAUAGAGUACUUAGAUUUGUCACACAACAACUUCUCCAGCAUUGUUUAUGGUGACUUGUCUGGUUUAACCCAUCUCUGCUUUCUGAAAAUCACACACUGUGGACUUCAACACAUCUCCCCUGAUGCCUUCCACAGCAACCCUGAAAUCAAAGUUCUGAACAUCUCCUACAACCAUCUGACCAUCAUUCCAAAUUUGCAUUUGCCCCAGCUAAGGAUCCUAGACCUUUUCAGAAAUCCCUAUCCCAACUAUGGGCUUCCACACUCAUUUGGUAACUUAAAUUAUCUUUCCAUCCUUGUGAUUGGUAGUCCAGAUGGUACUUCUCUUAAAGUGGAAGACUUUGUUCCUCUUCGAAACAUCUCUUUGAAAAAAAUCAUAUUUGGAGAUGGAACGGAACUACACAACUAUGAAAAGGGUGUUUUUUCGCAACUCAAAUCAGUACAAGAAGUCAUUCUCAAAGUGACUUUUUGUCAACGUUUUGACAUUUUCAAAGACAUGAUUCUAGAUUUUGACCAAACCCAAACUAAAAAAAUUCAGCUUAUUAAGUUAUUUCCAGACCAGUGUAACAUAACGACUGACCCAUUUGAUGCUUUUAAAGAUUUGCGCGUCCUCAGUAACUUAAGCAUUGUAGACACCUGGAUAAACAGCUCUGUGUUGGUCAAACUGGUCCAAAAUAUUUGGAAAUCAUCUUUUGAGGAAAUUGCCUUUUUAAACAUCACAUACAAUGAGGACACUCCAGAUGGCUUCCAGCUACCAAUGCAGAAUCACACCUUGAAUCUACGAGCGAUCAUACUCGAUGGUGUGCGUCACAAUCGGUACCGCUUCACCACUUUUAACAUGAGCAUGGAACUAAUCAACCAACUAACCUACCUGAAAUUCUCUGGUACUCCAAUGAAUAUUCUACCAUGUAAUCUAAUUUCAGUCAUAAAGUCACUACAAGUCUUGGACUUGUCAAACAACCUCUUGGAUGAAAACGGCUUCUGGUGGAGUGGCUGUACAUCACACAAAGUGUUUCCAGCCUUGAGGAAACUCUCACUAAGCCAUAACCGUUUCAAAGACCUCGCCGAGAUUGCCAACAAAGUCACUGAUAUGAAGUUCUUGGAGUCUCUUGACUUGAGUUUCAACUCUAUUUACAUAGACAAGACGUGUUUUUGGCCGUCCCACCUGACUGAACUGAGUCUCAGCCACAACGAUCUAGGAAAUGAUGUGUUUCGCUUCUUAUCACCACACUUCCAGAAGAUAGACCUCUCAAAAACAGGAUUAAGUGUCAUUCCUUUAAAUAGUAUAUCAUUGCUUCCCAGACUAACACACCUCUAUAUGAGCUUUAACAGCAUACAGGUCAUCCCGGAAGAUAUUUGGGCGCCUGCCUUAGUAAGCCUGCACAUUGACCAGAACGCAAUUACUUCUAUUAGCCAGAAAACAAUUGAAGCUCUUCCCAAGCUGAAGACUUUAAAAGCCGGCCACAAUCCAUUUAGCUGUGAUUGCGAUUCCUUUUGGUUCGUGACGGAGUUGAAUAAGUCACUUCUACUAGAUUGGCCACAGGAUUACGUUUGCAGCACUGCAUCAUCGUUUUCCGGAAAGCGCCUGGCGACGUAUGAGUACGGGUGGCUGUCCUGUCAACUGAGCUUGCAGGCUGCUGUGGUUCUGCUGGUGUUAUUUGUGGUAGGAGGUGCUCUGGCCAUCACUUUUUAUGCUUGUGAUUGUGUUUGGUACACCAAAAUGCUUUGGGUGUGGAUACGAAUGAAGAGGAGAGGCUCCAAGAGGUCUAAUCGAUUGCUCAAUGCCACCUUCCGCUACCAUGCCUUCAUUUCCUACAGCCAACAUGACUCAGUUUGGGUGGACUCUCAGCUGGUACCUGAAUUAGAAAGGUCAGACCUGUCUCUUUGCAUCCAUGAGAGAGACUUUGAACCUGGGAAGUGGAUUGUGGACAAUAUAAUCCAGUGUGUAGAGGACAGCUACAAGAGCCUCUUCAUCCUGUCCAAAAACUUUGUGCAAAGCGAAUGGUGCAACUAUGAACUGUUCUUCGCCCAGCACAGGGCCAUCAGCGUGAAUGACGACUCUUUGGUCUUCGUUCUUUUGGAGCCCAUACCGACAGACUCUCUGCCCAAGAAGUAUCUAAAGUUAAGAACGCUGCUAAGGCAGAAAACAUACUUGGAGUGGCCCACAGAUGAACGCAAGCAGCGAGUAUUUUGGUUUAAUCUUAGAGCUAUUCUGCAGACCGUGGGCCAGAGUAAGAUUUUAAAGGACGUGGCCACAGACAUUGCAGAGACAUGUCCUCUGCUGCCUGUUAAAGAAUGAAGAACCUUAAUUCCCUGUCUUUUAAUGAACCUACAGGGCAGAACAAAAUCUCUAUUAUUCCAUUUAUCAUUUUCAUUUCGGAUAGCCACCCCACCCAGAGAAUGUGUACUAAAUGAAAUGUAUUCUUCUAAAAGUCUUGGCCUGUGUCUCCACCUACUGUUGAACUUUAGAAAUGGUACAGGCCAUUGUAUUUUUAAGGACAAUGAUUUGCAAGUACUAAUCAUUUAAAUGUGGACUGAAUUAAAUAUUUCACCAUAAUUAUAUGUGUGUGUGUGUGUGUGUGUGUGUGUGUAUGUGGGUAAUGUAUAUUUACACAGUUAUUGUUAUUGUUUGUAUUGUUAUUUGGGGGUUUAGUGUGUGACAAUUUUGAAACAAUUCAUAAAACAGCUAAAGUGUACAAUGCUUUUUAUACAAUUAAUAAAUAUUGCAAAUGUAUAAAAUUUAAAA